CUGAACAUCCUCUCCCAUAACGAUGGCUACUUAUUGACAUUGUGGACUGGAUUCAAUUCACAGUAAUCAUUCCCUCCGCAGACUCCUUGCAACGAACAAGUCGAUAUGUCGAAACCUCUAGUCCUCUAUACUGCAGCUACCCCCAAUGGCCACAAGGUGUCGAUCAUGCUCGAAGAGCUCAAGGCAGCCUACGGGAACAUUGAUUACGACGUCGAGAAGAUUAACUUGGCUACGAACGUCCAAAAAGAGCCUUGGUUCAUCGCGAUGAAUCCAAACGGACGUAUCCCUGUGCUCGUUGAUCGCUCCCAUCCCACUGCUGCCCAACCGAAUGGCUUCCCCGUCUUCGAGAGUGCGGCAAUCCUGUUGUAUCUCAUACAGAAGUACGAUAAGGAAGGGAAGUUCAAGUUCGAGAGCGGCAGUGAUGAGGAGAGUCAGAUGUUGCAGUGGAUCUUCUUUGCCCACGGAGGAGUCGGUCCCAUGCAAGGUCAAUCGCACCACUUCCGGCAAUAUGCCCCUGAGGACGUGCCUUAUGGCAAGAAGCGUUAUGGGGAUGAAGUUGUCCGUCUUUACGGCGUGCUCGAUAUCGGCCUCCAGGGCCGCGACUACCUCGUGGGUCCCGGAGCUGGGAAGCUGAGCGUUGCGGACGUGAAUGUCAUGCCAUGGGUGAGGCUGCACGAUCGUGCAGGUGUUGAGACGCUGGAUGCUUUCCCGAACCUGAAGGCUUGGCUCAACCGGCUUCUGGAGAGAGAAACUGUGAAAGCUGGAAUGGCUGUCCCUUAGAAUACUCUUCGUCAUCGUCCUCGCUUAGUUGUUUUCACAAAAUGAAAAAAAGGUUCUUCAUUGACUU